CCGUGGUGAGAGGGAGAGAGGGAGAGAGGGCGCUUCGUCCGGCCUCGGAGAAGAGGGCGCGUUUGAUAGAAGUGGCAAUAAUUGGGUGUGCAAGAGGACAGCGUUCCUGCGCCUGCUCCUGCUCCUGCUCCGGAGGUUCGUUCGCAAGCCAGUUCAAGGCGCUCUUGAUUGGCGUGUUGUAGCAUACCACACUGGUAGGACUACCGGUAGUUGCGAGGGUAUUAUGAAAAAAUUGUCAGUGACGUGUACGGGGCUGCUUGCUGCCGAAACCAAUCAUGGCUGCUGUCUAUCUUGCUACUCUCUUGGAUUGGCUAUCCUGUUGAUGGGACAGGCGACGUUGGCAGCGAUCAUCUUCUUAGAUGACACGUGGGAGGAGGAUUUCCCUGCAGAUCCGACGGGAGAAGAGAAAAAGGCAAAGGCUUUCGUCCUCAAGCACCUCGUCGUCUGUCAAUGGACCGCCAUAGCCGUGCUUGCUGUUGAGCUGUUCGGCCUUCUUCUCUCCCUGACGCUAAAGGCCAUGCAGGAAGGAGGAAGACGGAGAGGAGGCGGUUACGACAGCGAUGAUGAGUACACGUUGGGAUCCCGGUCGGCGAUUCGGCAGCCGUUGCUGGCGCCACGCGUCCAGCCUGGGAGCAUGCCACCGCCCAUGGCCGGGCCGCCGCAAAUGGGCUCACCGGUGGGACAAGUGAAUCAAGGCUACAGGGGCCUGCCACGUGGACCGUAUGGACCAGAGAGGGGUAGUAGAGGACCCAUGUAGACUGCCACGUCCUCUCGCAUUCGCCCGCACUCUCUGACACUCUCUCUUACUCUCCCACACACUCUCACACUAUCACACACACACCCUCACACACUCUUACACACACACUGUCUCACAAUCUGACUCUCUCACCCACUCUCUCAUACAUACACUCACACUCACACAGACACACAUAGACAGAGGGACAUAGAGACGCAGAGUUUAAGAGAGACGUACAGAAGUGUAUGCGUAGACGUGUCAUCGUCAGGAAAUGGAAUUGUUGAAUGGUGGUGGUUCUCGAUUUGGUGCUCGGUCGAAACAGUCGUGAUGAGCGUGUGUUGUGUUCGGCGGACGACGGUAGUCUACCCCGUCCGUCGUCUACAUUUUUUCUUCCUCUCAUUAAUCAUAGCCAUUAUUUAUUCGACUCAAUGACCAGACGGCGGAUCGCUGCCUUUUACUGGAGGCAUCUUUUUUCCUGAUACCUAUUUUUUCUAUUUGGGGGAAAAACGGUAAGCAGAUGUGUGGCAGAUUGAUUAGUGGCAGAUUACUUGCACGCUCGCACACACUCACACACGCCCACUCACACACGCCCACACUCGCACAGUCACUCUC